AAUACUUUUCUUUUGCUUUCUCAGGUUCCUGUUGCAUGUAAAUCGUGUCCCUGUGGCUACAUAUUUAUUAGUCGAAAACUCUUGCAUGCUAAACGUGCGGAGAGAUCACCACCCAUUACAGAAAACAAGAGUGAGGCCAAAAGGAGACGGACAGAGAGAGUUAAACGGGAGAAGAUAAAUUCUGCAGUAAAUAAAGACUUAGAAAACCGAAAGAGAUCGAGGUCUAACAGCCAUUCAGAUCAUAGCAGACGAGGAAGAGGAAGACCUAAGAGUGCCUCAGCCAAAAAGCACGAGGAAGAAAGAGAGAAACAAGAAAAAGAAGUUGACAUGUAUGCUAACCUUUCAGAUGAAAAGGCCUUCGUAUUUUCAGUGGCCUUGGCGGAAAUAAACAGAAAAAUUAUCAAUCAAAGACUCAUUCUGUAACUUGUAAGCACAAUCUGAUGCAUUUAUAUACGGAAUGACUAGCAUAUUUCCAAGGUGUCAUGGACUCUCGGAAAGCGUGUUGUCUGCGCCAAUAAGGACCAUAGUAUUUCCUGUUAAAAUUCUGCUGCUGUUUUUGGAAAUCACAUUCUGUCUCUGCAAGUGAGAAGGGAAGUGUUCUCAAGAUUGUGCUAUGGAAAUCAGAAAGCAGAAGUGUUUUAUGCCUUGAAGACAAAUACUAGAUGAAUGCUGAGAGAGACUGCACCCUUGCUAGAGCACUUCUUUUAGAUUUGCUGCCAGAAAUGCAAUAUUUUAAAUAUUUUCAGAAAGUAAUGAUUUUCCUUUAAAAUCGUAUAUUUCAGAUUUUUGGCUGUAUUGCAGUUUACAUAUGUACAGUUCACUUAACUUUUUAAUAAAUUGAUAUUCCAAUAUUUUA